AUGAAGCUCUUCAGCAUCUUGGUCUUUUACAAAGAUCCCAACGCAACUGAGGCAACUCUGUUGAAAGCUGCUUACGAGCUGUCUUCAUUCACCUUCUUCAAGCGGAGCUCCGUCCAAGAUUUUAUGAACUUUACCGGAAAGUUGCUGGUGGAACGCUCGGCUGUUGGAACCAGGGCUUCAGUUACAGAACAAGAAUACUGGCUUCACACCUACGUACGAGCUGAUGGACUUUCUGGCGUCUGCGUCACUGACAAUGAAUACCAACAGAGGGUGGCGUUCACCAUGCUCUCCCGUGUCCUAGAUGAAUUCGCGACCAGGGUUCACUCCAGCCAAUGGCCGAAGAUCAAGACUGAGAAGGACUGUCUUUAUGAUGGUCUUCCGGCUCUGUUGGCUAAAUGGCAGACACCAAGUGAAGCGGAUCCGAUGACGCGUGUACAGGAACAAGUCGAAGAAACAAAGAUUGUGAUGCACGAAACGAUCCAAGCUGUAUUGGACCGCGGGGAGAAGCUCGACGAUUUGGUCAAGAAGAGCGAGACACUUUCGGAUCAGAGCAAAAUGUUCUACACAAGCGCGCGAAAGAUGAACAAGUGCUGCAAUUACGUC